AUGAUUAUCAAUCUGAAUUAUCUGUGGGCAUUAGAAAUUUAUUCAUGUUGUUUCUUUGGAUAUCAAUUUACAACAUUGCUCACUCACAGAUUCUUCGGAUUUUUCACUAGAUUAGCAAUUGGACUUCCUAUUGGACUGAUUUCAUUUGCAUGGUUAAUAUUGAUUGUCUCUUAUUUCAUUCCAAUGACAAAUAUGCAUGCAUAUCUCGCUCUAUCAACAUUUGGAUUAUUCGGAAUCAUAUUAAAAUUCUUAAAUCGAAAUAUUCAAUUCAAAGUUCAAAUUACAUUCGAUUAUUUUCAUAGAUGGGCAGUUAUUUUAUGUUCCUUUUUCCUUACAUUAGCUGUCUACUCUGCAAAUUUAGCAGGCGAUCGCUAUUCAAAAGGAGCAGCUUAUUCAGACCUUCCUUUUCACUUAAACAUCAUCACAUCAUUCUCAUACGGUCCAGCAUACAGACGAGAAGAGUUUUACAAGAUAGAUUCUCCAUUUUACCAUGGCAAAAACUUGGCCUAUCCAUUAAUCCCUGAUUUCCUAUCUGCAGCACUUGUAACAACAGGAGAUGCUUCAUUACAGAAAUCCUUAUUCUUUCCUUCCGAAAUAAUGAUGCUUUCCCUUGUAAUUGCCGUAUAUCAAUUAACAAAUUACAUUUUGAAAGACGAAUUCCAAAGUGUCAUGUCAUUAUUGAUAUUCAUGACUACAGGAGGCCUUGCCUUCGUUUUACUCUUCGAUAAAACCAAGCAAUGGGACGAACACGAAAGAUGUGAUUUUAUUCAUCAUUGGACGAAUGAUUUUGAUGGAUAUUGGUUUCAAACAUUGAUGCAUCUCUUAUUACCACAACGAUCCUCUUUGUUUGCAGUUCCUCUCUGUUUUUGGACAAUUUAUCUUUUAAUUCACGCAGUUAAGCUGGAAGACUUCAGAUUAAUGUUCCUUGCAUCAUUAAUAACAGGAUACAUGCCUCAAGUACAAGCCCACGCUUACAUGGCCAUUGCUCAAUGGUCAAUUACAUAUGCAAUUAUAACUUUUCCAUAUUUGACACGCGAAAAGUGGAAAAGAUUCUUCUUUUUGUGGUUAUUGUAUGGUGUUGUUGCAAAUGCAAUGGCUAUUCCUCAAUUGCCACCAUUUUUCCAACGAAUUUCAAUUGCAAGAAAAUCAUUUUUGCAAAUUGAACCUGUUUACAAAAGAUACGGCAAAGGAAUUGUUGGUUUCUAUAAGACAUGGUGGCUUAGCCUUGGUGUAUUUGCUUUUGGCGCGUUGAUAGGAGGCUGGGCUGAAGCAAACACUGAACAAAUUGUUCUUUAUAUUCCUUCUUUAGUUGUUUUCUUUAUUGCGAACUUUGUGAGAUACCAAGAUUGGCUUUGGGACAAUAUAAAGAUAUAUUACGAUGGAUGGAUGCCCAUUGCACUUCCUUUUGCUACACAGUUUAUAUUUGGUUUCUACAAUAGAUAUAAAAGAGGAGAAAGACCAAUACUCAACAAAAUGACUUUCUUUGCUUUGCUUUUCAUGACUUGCUGCAGCGGAACAAUUCAUUGCAUCUUCUAUCUUUCAACUCCUGCUGAAUUAUACAGCACUGAUAAACUGAAAUUCGGAAAAUGGGUUGCGGAAAACACAAGAGUUAAUGAUGUUUUCGUUAAUGAUGAUUCACAUGAACAAUCUCCUUCUUCUCUUGGAGGAAGGAUUUCGAUGCUUGGUUUCUCUGGAUGGAUAGAGACACAUGGUUUGGAUUACUACGGAAGGCGUCAUCACUUACAUUUGUUGAGAACUCAACCGGAAAAUGUCCUGGAAUAUGAUAAAGAAAAUAUUUGGUACCUUUUCCAAAGUGAUGAAUCAUCUCCGAAAUUCACUCCUGACUUGAAUAACUCUAUCUGGGAACUUGUUUAUGAUAGUGUUAAUUUAACAUUAUUCAGAAGAAAUCUCAAAGCAUAA